GGUCAAAGUUAACAAUCAAAAUGUUUAAGGCAAAGUAGAGAGAUAUAACUGUGAAGGUAUGAUAAAGUUCAAUGCUAUGUUAUGAAAUCAUAACUUUGAGCUUGUACCUUUUUUGUUUAAGAUUGAAAAGGUUAUUUAAGUAUUCAUAGUGUAUUUGUCUAUGACCUUCAUUUUAUUCAAAUUUAGCAAAAUCCUUGGGGGUCCAAAUGUUACAGGUGUCUGGUGUAAGUGGUGUCACUCAGGGCUUAGAUUACUUCCUGCUGUUUAACAGCCCACUGAAGACAAAAAGAACACAAUACUCAAGAUAAUUAAACAGCUGCCUAGGCUAUAAAAUGUUCACUGCAGAAAAUAGUGACAAUCCAAUAGAGACAGCACAAGUUAGAUCCAGCUCUCGUUAAAGAAGCUUCAAUGAGAAGGGCCAGGAACUGCAUGAUCAGGAAGCCAAGGAACAUGACAAGGCAAUCAAUGAGGCUUAUGACUCCUGGAAGCAUUUAGCAAAUGAAAUUAGGACAAAACUGUUCACAAGAAGACCUUAAUAAAAUACAAGAAGACAUUCAAAAAAGACAUGAAAGGGUGUGCCAACAUUAUGAGAUUAUUCGACCCAACCACACUUGUACUCUGGAAAUUGUUAAAAAAGUGGAUGCCUGUGUCAGCUAUGACUUGUUUCUCUCUUCUGAAUUAUGUAAUUACCUGAAGUUCCUAUAGUGGGAAAAUGGAGACUUAGAAAGAGAUCCUCAAGAGUAUAGGAUGGCACUUUAGCUCUUUGGUGCAGCAUCAUCCCCUGGGUGUGUGAAUUUUGGUCUUAAGUAUCUUGCACGGUAACAGAGAUAAUUAUUCAUUGGCAGUGGCAUUCAUUGAGAAGAACUUCUAUGUAGAUGAUGGGUUGACCAGUGUUUUGUCUGUUAAAGAAGCCAGGAAACUGAUUGUUGAAACUCAGGAAUUGUACAAAGGAGGGGUUCUGACCAAGUGCCAGUGAGCACCGUGUUGGCUACCUUUGCAUCAAACACAUGCAGGUGCGCAUACAGAAAACCAACACCCAGCACUCAAUGUACAGCAAAAAUAUGAAACAAAAUAAAUUAAAAAGAGGAAAUAAUUCAGCCUACUAAUGAGGCUCAUAUAAUAACACUGGUAAUAAAUUUGUGCAUUAAUAUUUAUUAUGAAGACAUGGUUCAAAUAAAUUUACAACCAAUACAGGCAUCCAGAAAAAAAUGUCCAAAAUAUGUAUUGUAUUGAAUUAUCAGGUACUGGAGAUUAUCUGUAUCACUUUGCAUAGUUAAGGAUCUCAAUAUUUGAGUUACUUUUAAUUCCUUACAAUCACUCUUACAGGAAGUGGGAUACAGUAUCUUGUUGUCUCUAGAAUAAAAAAAGCUGUAGCUGGAAAUAAAACAGUAGUUUGUAAAGCACACUGUUUUAGGAAUAACCCUCCCAAAGUGGUAUGAGAUUUCAACAGUCUGUCAGCCUUCAAAUCUAGGGUAAAAUAUAUAUUUGUUUAGUCAUUCCAAUAAGUAAAAUUUACAAUGAAUCUACAUUCUUAUUUGUUAUUUGUCUUUUCUUUUUAAACUUGCUAUAUUAUUUUUAAUUUGUGUAAAACAAAACAGACCAUUUUUUAUUUUGUUCAAUAAUAAUCUGGUACUGACACCAAGAUUUUUGUCUCCGGGGUUAUGGCCUGGAAAUAUUUAAAGCUGCUUUGUGACAAUACUAAUUGUAAAAUGCACAAAGUAAUUAAAAUUGAUUAAAACAGUUAUUUAGUAUUGUGAGUGAUUACUGUAGAUACAAAAUUUAAACUUGCUAAAGCCAUCCUCCUUUUUGUCAUUUUUAUAGAAACACAUAACUAUUCAAUUGGGAGAGUCAGUAACACUGCUGACUCAAUGCGACAGAUGGCGUACCUUGUUCCAUUGUCCUUUUUGUAGUGGUCAUGUUUUUAAGCCCUCCAAACUGGAAAAAUUAAAAAAAAAACAUUUGAAGAGUCAUUUCAAGAAUGCAGUUCUCCAUGAAGUAUGCUCGGCACCUUGUCUUGGAUGCGCCAUUUGACAUCACAGCUGAACCAAUAAUAAAAAAGGACCUCCACACUGCAGUAAAAUGGUUGUGCCAACAUAGACAGUUGUUCAGAGGUGCCAUGUCUGAGCCCCAUUUUCUGGAGAUGGAGGAGGAGGACCAAAGCCGAGCUCUCCAGCACAUUAUUGAUGCAGUCGAAACUGAAGAUUUAAUUUUGGCAAAAGAACCCUUUUUAUUUAUUUUUCAGUUUAGGGAUGAUAUGGAACUUUUCACUCAGGAAUGUCGGGAUAAAAUUAAACUUAAAGUAAACUGCAUAUAUUUUUAAUCAGUAUAAUUAUUGUCUGUUGCUACAUUG